UGGGCAUUCUCGUACCAUCCUCAAGACAAAACAUCAUUAAUUUCCUAACGAAAAAACACAACCAACCUACACGUACCCACUUCUUCCUUCUUGUCAGCAUAAACAUUUAUAACUAACUGUACAUUGUAACCCUAGUACUUCUCCUUUAAAUCCUUUCUUUAUGCUGUAAUUUUGUGGCAAAUAAUUAUGCUGAUCAUCAUCAAAAAGAUUAAGAAAAGAAUAUCAUAGAAAUGAAACGAUUAUUCUUUUCUUUUACUUCACCAUGUUUAAUUGCAUUUAUACUAGGUCUACAACUUCUCCCUGCAGCCAAUUCUCACUCAAAACAGGUCCCAAAAGAUAUAUCAAAGCUGAAAACAUGGGUAGCUGACAACAUUAACCAGUUUAACAACCGAAAGUCGGAUCUUUCUGAAAGAAUUCCCCGCAUUAUUUUGAACAAACGAUUAGCUGAUGCAGAAAGUUCUGUUAGGGUUAUUACGGUUGCAAAGCGUGAUGAUCAAUUUGCCGAUUUUCAAUCUAUUAGCGAUGCCAUUGAUAGCAUUCCAAUUAAUAACAAGCAAAGAAGGAUUAUUUGGAUUAAAGGUGGAGAGUAUUUUGAGAAGAUUACCAUUAAUACUUCUAAGCCUUUUAUUACGCUUUACGGUGACCCUGGAGAUAUGCCUAAGAUUGUGUUUAAUGGGACAGCGGCCCGAUAUGGCACCGUUUAUAGCGCCACCGUGGCCGUAGAAAGUAAAUACUUUAUGGCCGUCAAUAUAGCGUUUGUGAAUUCGGCUCCAAUGCCAGAUGUGAAUAAAACAGGAGCACAAGCCGUAGCGAUGAGAAUAUCGGGGGAUAAAGCGGCAUUUCACAAUUGCAAGUUUGUAGGAUUUCAGGACACCUUAUGCGAUGAUAGGGGCAGACAUGUCUUCAGAGACUGCUACAUUGUUGGCACUGUAGAUUUCAUCUUUGGAAAUGGAAAAUCACUCUACUUGAACACAACUAUAGAAACUGUUGCUCAAGGUACAGGAGUGAUCACAGCUCAAGCUCGAGAAAGCGUAACCGAUAGCAGUGAAUUUACAUUUAUACAUUGCAACCUAACAGGAAUUGGCAAUAAUACUUACCUUGGCCGUGCUUGGAAGGAGAGGCCCAGGGUGGUGUUUGCUUACGCUUACAUGGGCAGUCUCAUCAACGCUGCAGGAUGGUCCACCGGAAAGCACCCUGAAUCCAAUGAAACUGUGUAUUAUGGAGAGUACAAGUGCAAAGGACCAGGUGCUUUCUCUUCGGGCAGAGUGAAGUAUGCAAAAUUGUUAUCUGAUGAAGAAGCAAAACCCUUCUUGAGCAUGACUUGUAUCAAUGGAAAUAAGUGGCUUAUUCCGCCUCCAGAGUUUUGAUCAAUCUCAUCGUCAAAUUCGCACAACCAAGCAAAUAAAAUUUUGCGCCUUAAUUCUCUCCAAUCUUUAUAUAUUGUCGUGACAUGACAAAUUUUCAGUUUUACCAAAUCUUGUUCAUCUUUUUCAGAUAAAGCAUAUUCAUGCAAAAAUACUUAAAAGGAAUAGGGAAGCCUUAUAAAUUUUGACCUCGUUGUAUUGUAAGAGCAGAAACCCCCUUAGUAGGGAGUGAGAGCUUCAUUUCUUUUGUGAUAUUAGAGCAUAUAGUCUUUGUUUUGGAG